AUGAGUGUAAAUCAAAACACCGAAGUCAACACGGACGUGCAAGAACAUUUCGUGAUGUCGCAAAUUUUUCGUAAGAAGAAGGAGCAGAAGUCUGACGAAGCUAAAGAGUCAGACGAAGAAGAUGACAUCGAUGCCUGGACGUACCAACCGAAGAGGCGUACCUUGGAAGAGAUUGACGGUCAACAGUACGUGUACGGGUAUAUGGCCAAAUCCCUGAUGAAGACCAAAGAGUGGUGCGGCCAAUACACCUAUCAGAUUGAGAGUUCCCCGGACGAAUCGGCCACCGGCAAGGAAAACUACGUGGAAGAUCUUUCGCGAGGCGUUAAAAUGCCGACCUGCCAGGUCAAAACAUGUGGGGCGACGCGAAGCAACCCGAACGUCACGUUGCACCAGUUUCCGAAAAAUCCAGCUAUCCGGAAUCGGUGGCUGAAUUUUUCUCACAGCCGAGAAGGACCAAAUUUGUUUAUUUGUUCGAGACAUUUUUUACCUGCGGAUUAUGAAAAUAUUCUUAUGACGAGCUCAAGGAGGAAGCUCCGGAAGGAAGCUGUGCCAACAAUCCAUGAUCCGAUCGAGUCAGAUCGGUCAAGCAGAGCUUCGGUUAGGAACCGCAAAAAGCUGGUCGCCGAUCUGCUGGAAGAGGAGGAGGAACGGAGCCGUAAAGCGGCCAGCUAUCAAGCGAUGGUGGCGGAAGUUUUUGCGCCGUUCGGACCGUUAGAUUUAUUAUCUCCCGGUGGACCAAAGGGGAAGGCAGAUCUGUUAAGCCAAACGGUGGCGGAACCGAUGGACGUGGCUGACGAUAUGAUCGAAGUGCGGAGCGGCCGGAUAAACACUAGUGGCUGUGUGUCGUCUGCGCUGCUCGGUGAACGUGAUUCCGACAGGCGCGACGUGCGACCGGACCGAGACAACGACGACCUUCUUCGGUUGUCGUCUGCGCUGCUCGGUGAACGUAAUUCCAACAGGCGCGACGUGCGACCGGACCGAGACAACGACGACCUUCGUCGGUUGUACGGCACCGUUGUCACCACCACCAAGCAACGCAGCAAAUCUUCUUUCUCAGCCGCAUCCGCUUCCACCAACCACUAUCCGCUUCCAGUUUCACUAACUGUUGAAGAUGAAAGCUCUCCCGAAAGGAACUAUUCUGUGCUAACAUCACCAAUCUCCAUCUCGGCGGCCCCAAUCCUCGAAGGUUACUACUCGUCUCUCAACCGCUACGAACUCGCCAACUCGGAGCCUUCAAGUCCGGAAUCGGGCGCUCAGGAACCAACCCAAGGAACCGGAAACAAUCAUCAUCAUUACCCCAGCAGUAGCAACAACAAGACCCAAUCGUCGUCGAAAACUGGAGGAAGUACUGGCCAAAGUUCCAGUCUCAUGAGUGCCAGUGCCAACAGCAACGUCGUCCGGACGAGCCAGUCCGAAGACCAUCUGCACCUGGAAAGUCAAACGAUAGAAGAACCGGUGGUCGACAUGGUGGCGAAUCCGGUGAGCCAAACGGUGGUGGAAACGAUGGCCGGAACGGUAGCGGAACCGAUGGAACUGAUAGGAAAAACGGUGUUCGACUUGAUGGAGAACACUGUUCCGUCUCAAUUUGAACUUUUCAGUCCAGAUUUGAACAGUACUGCGCGGGAAAAGAGCGGGUUUCCGUCGAGUUUGCCACAGGCCGAACCAGGCUUCGUCCAAGUGAAGCGAGGAACGAUAACGAAAAUCAAAAAGGAAAAUUUCGGUCUUCGAGGGAUUAUUCGUUCCUUGCGAGCCCAGCUAAAGGCGAAAGAUCAGAUCAUUGGGUCGCUAUCUUGUCAGAAUAAACAAAAAUCGAACGAGAUACAACAACUCCGAAACCAGCACGCUCAAUGCGCAGCCGUUCUAGAGCAUCGUAUCAGGGAGGCCAUUGACGGAGCCUUUGGUUUGCUUUUUACUAAAAAUCAAACUGACCUGAUCCUUGGGCGAAAGAAGAAGGUCAAAUGGACCGAUGAAGAAAUUAUGUUGGCCUUCGCACUGAGGUACAGUGAAAUAUUUGUCCGUACCCCCCGUACGGAAAUUUUUUGUAAUGUAAAAGUACAUAAAAUUCGACUAAGUCAUCCCUCAUAUUCGGAACAGUUUCCAGAUCUGCCAACGUUCAACAAAUCAUAGAAAAUCGAUGAUUGAACAUAAUGAUUUGCUUUUUCCUUCAUUUGAAAGCUUUUCUUGCCAUCUUUCAAUUGAUGUAUAGACUUGCUGUACAUUUUUACGUUUUAUAUCAGUUUUUUAAAGAAAAUCAUUGACCCUUGAAAUCCACAAAUUCGGAACACUUUUUUCUUACGAUAUAAACAAACUUUACUUUCUCUCUAGGAGUACAUAUUUUUUACAAAAAAAAUGACUUCACACUCUGAAACCAAUAAAACUGAAGCUUAAUGAUGUUUUAAACAUGGUCUGAUAACUUUUUUUGUGAAAAUAUCAAUUAAAUUCAGGUGUUCCACAAUUGUGGGAGGCACAGUAACAUACCACAAUUAUGGAACAGGCAAUUUGGAGGCAGUGUUUUGCUGCCCUGGAUAAAAUAGUCUUGAAAUGAGGUUUUUUGUUCAAAAAGUACUAUUUUUACUAGUGAAAUAGCAAGAGAAUGUCCAAAUAAAGGUCCUAAAAAUAGGAGGGACAUCAGAAAAGUUGCAUUUUGCAUCCUAUUGACAAAUUACCACAAAAGUGUUCCGAAUUUGUGGGUGUUCCAAAUAUGUGGGAUGACCAGGUUUUAGGGCAUCUCCAGCGCUAACAGCUUAUUAAACUUUUUUAUCCCAUUGAAAAUUUCAAAGAAUUUCAUUUUUCGAAAAUGUUGAAAGUUAAACCAUUUGCUACCCGAUUUUAUU